CCCUCCUCGGAACGUUAUGGUCGGGCAACUUGUUUUCCUUCGGAGCAAACACGGAAGUUCUUCGCCGUGCCUCUCCAAGUCAGGGAUUAGUUUUGGAGCACAUCAUCGGUCUGGGCUUUUUUAAGAUUUGCCCAAGGAGGCCACCGCUUCCCCGGCCGUGAUAGUUGUCCAUAUCAGAGGCCCGGGCGGCGUGCAUGUCGGCACAUGUUCAUCUGAUCUGGCUGGUUCCCUGUGGACAAUGUUCUGCAGCUAUCAGGACCGGCAGGCGUUUGAGGACGAUCUCUACCGGGGAGACGGUGAGGAGUCCCAGGGGUCCGAGGCCUUCAGCGAUUUGGAGUUCCGCCUCUACGGUCAGCUCCACUACUCUUCCAAGGAGCAAAACGGAGAGCUUCAUGUCUCCGAAAAGGCCGAAGAGACCGUUGUCACCGGGAAAGUUCCACACUCUGCGCCAUCUCCUGAAACAGUCAAGCACAAGAGUAAAAAAGGGGUCAAACAGAAGAAGAAAAGGGGAGUACCUCAAGUCCCAAGACCACUGUCGCCGUUUGAGGAGGUCGUGGUCAUUUACUCCAGCCCCGAAGUUAUCACCCUGUCUGACAGUGACGCCUCUGAUGAUGACAAUGGGGUUUGUGCCCUGAAGGGUAGCAAGAAACCUCCAAAGCGGACAUCCACUGCACACCAGCAGGCAUCCCUUAAAAGUGUGGCAGUCAGUGCCCCAGUGUUGGUGGAUUCCAGCAGCUCCAGUUCAGAGUCGGAGUCAGAAUGGGAGUCCGAGUCCGACUCCUCUGAUUCGGACAGUCUGGAGAACUGGAUGAUCCUGGGCAGGGGGCAGCAGGAUGGAGACAAUUGCAUUACACUCAACUUGGAAGCCGGUCAUGACCUCCAUUCAGACGUGGAAGCAGACCACUCCGGCAACUGGUUGGUUCUGGAGAAGGACAAGAAGGCUCAAAUCCAGAAUAAACCCGGAGUGAGGCGCGCCCCUCCACGGCUGUCCAACCAGCACAACAGAUACUACACAGGCGUUUGCUACAGGUGUGGAAGAACGGGACAUUUGUCCAAAAACUGCCCAAAUGCCGAGAAGAUGUUGCUUUGCUGCUACCUUUGUGGCGGCUCCGACCACAAAGUCCAAACGUGUCCCAAUCGGUAUUGCAAGAACUGCGGGCUCCCUGGCCACGCCCAGCAGUCCUGCAACGAGAGGCCCUUCUACGAAAAGUGGUGCAACCGCUGCGGCAUCAAGGGCCACUUCAGUAACGCCUGUCCGGAGCAAUGGAGGCAGUACCACAUCACGACCAGACCGGGUCAUCCUGUCAAACCACAAGACCUGCACAAUGUGAAACGACCCGUCUUCUGCUUCAACUGCUCCAGGAGAGGACACUUUGGCCACCUCUGCACCAGGGAGGGCAGGUUCAGAGGAAUAUACAUCAGCACGCCGGAGAUCAACUAUUACGACACCAAGGAUAUUCCCCACCGGGUUGAAGAGCUGAAGAACUGUGGCUUCAUCCCCACGGGUGGUCCUCCCACGCCCGGACCAUCCAAGAAGAAACACAAAACCUACCACCAAGACAACCUCUUCGGUCCUAAACGUUCCCGGGCACAAGCCGGGAUCUUGUCCCGCGGUCCUAACCACCUCAAUGCCGCCAAGUCGCACAAGAAGGAAGCACAGCAAAGCACCGGCGCCAAACGGUGGAAACCCAAGCGGGCGGUGCCCAAAAAACGCCCUGCCCCUCCCCAGUUGAUCAAGGACCAGGAUGGAGACUUCCCCCGACAGGUAGGCGGAGCAGAGAAGAAGAAGAAGAAGAAGAAGCAGCAGCAGGAUGCGUGGACGAGUCGUGGGAAGUCCAAGAAGAGAAAAGAUGAAGAGAUGCAUCCUCCUGACGACGAUCUGUUCAUCAUCAAGCAGAGGAAACGCAAGCGAUAGCAGCCGCCAACUUCCUGUCGCAUCAUCGGUCCAUCUUUGACACUUUUAUAAGAGUUUUGCUGCAUUUACUACAAAAACAACAAUUGAAACGUGUUGCUCAAUUGGAACCAACAUUUUGUUUUUUUAGCUAUUUAAUUUAUUUUCUGUUGCAGACCCAAACACCAUCCUUGACAAUGUCAACACGAAGGGGAACCGCACUUUUUGUGGAGGUUUACCUAUCGCUCACAAUCAUUAUGACAGACAUUUUAUUUGAAUGCAUUCUAAAUGGUAAAUAAAUGCGAUCAAAAGUCAGCUUACAAAGGAGCCUAUGGGAGCCGUUCAAUUUUGCCUAUAAAGCCUUUACAAUAUAUCCACACACCUCCUUUAGGUUUUAUAUACGUGAUGUAAGUUUAUGUAUAAUGUAGUAACAUUCAUAAUAACAUGUAAUAUAAACAUGAUGUAAGUAUAUAUGUGUAAUGUAGUAACAUUUAUAAUAACAUGUAAUACAUACAUGAUGCAAGUAUAUAAGCAAUGUAGUAACAUUCAUAAUAACAUGUAAUAUAUAUAUAUAUAUGAUGUAAGUUUAUAUGUAGUAUCUAGUAACAUUCAUAAUAACAUGUAAUAUAUACAUGAUGUAAGUGUAUAUCUAAUGUAGUAACAUUUAUAAUAAUAUAUAUAUACAUAAUGUAAGUAUAUACAGUAUGUAAUAUAGUAACAUUCUUAAUAACAUGGAAUAGAUACAUUAUGUAAAUAUAUAUAUGUAAUGUAGUACAUUUAUAAUAACAUGUAAUACAUACAGAAUUUAAGUAUAGGUGUCAUGUAGUAACAUUCAUUAUAACAUGAUAUACACUUUAUGUAAGUAUAUAUGCAAUGUAGUAACAUAAUACAUGAUCUAAGUAUAUUUGUAGUGUCUAGUAACAUUCAUAACAACAUGUAAUUAAUACAUGAUGUAAGUACAUAUGUCAUGUAGUAAAAUUCAUAAUAACGUAAUAUAUACAUGAUGUAAGUAUAUUUGUCAUGUAGUAACAUUCAUGACAACAUGCAAUAUAUACAUGAUGUAAGUAUAUAUGUCAUGUAGUAACAUUUAUAAUAACUUUACUUAUUUUGAUUUGUUCAAAAAUGCAUCACAUUUAUUUAUUUUUUGGUCUUCACUGAUUACUCGCUGCAGACUUUAUGAGAGCCAACAAACAACACAUCACCUACUCUACAAAAUCUGCUGUCAUUAUGAUGCCGACUGCCGGGAUGUUCAUGCAUUACCAUUUAGGUGAAGAAUGACUCAUAAUUCUCACAAAGAAACGAGGAGCACAAUUGUCUUUUUCUGUCGUUUUUUUUUUUACCCAGUUCCAGGUCCCAAAUGGUGGUCAAAGUGUCCCAGCUUGUUGGAUUAUAUCUUCGUGCAUCUACUUGUGAGGUGAGAGGAAGGAUUUAUGAUCAAGAAUAAAUUUACAGGGAGCAGGGAAGCGAGGAAACAGCAGAGCACUCGAGGACACAGCUAUGAAUAAUGUCUGCGUUAGCACUUACAAUAACAAUACCACUAAAACUUGGUUAAUGUUCAACUUCAUUUGCUUUUUUAAUUAUUUAUCGGCAGAAUAUUGGUGCUUCCUUUUUUAGUUCACUUUAUUUACGUUUAUUUAAUAUUUAAAAUGCAUUAAAAAAUUAUCCAUUCGUCAUGUCUUUUAUAAUGAUUGUGAACAAAAUUCCAAAAACAGUGCAGUUCCGCUUUAAUAACACAUUGUGGCGUACUUUGAUACAGAACAUUCAGGACAGGAAGCGCAUUUAGAAAAGUGCCCUUUACAUAAGUUUGAAUAUCGAAGUGCUAACAGGGCAGGGUUUACUACCGUGUGCGGGGUGCAGUUAGCACAAUAAAAUAUCACUGGAACUAA